CUCAUUCAUGAUGCAUUUUCACUACCUGAUCCAAGCACUAAGAGGAUCCAGUUGGACGGUGUUCAUUCAGGAUAGUGUCGGGGGGGAAAGAAAAGGUGCUUCUUCUUUGAAAAUCGCAAGUUUUGUGUAAAAGUAUGUUUCUCAUCAGACAAUUCUCAACACCAUCGCAAUAAGCAAUGAUUCCAGCUGUUCGCCAUGUCUCCAACCACAUAAAGUAACGGAACGCACGGAACUAACAGCUCAAUGGAAGCCCUCAAGCCUCCCGACACAGUCGUGAACUGCUGCUCAUCUACUCACAUCGCCAGCCGUCCGUUCCUGUGUUCGGAGCUGGUGAGAGGGUCUUCCAACUUGCUAACUCUGGCAAGUAUAAACUCAAUACCGCUUCUUCGUUUCCUGUAUUCCGAUCCGUUUUCAGCGAUACCGCGCAAACUAAUUUCAACUCCAGUGAGUUUCGUCCAGUAAGUUCAACCAGGAAUUACAUCGAACCGGAAUGCAUUGCUAAGCCUCCAUGAGAGCCCUGAAUCUGCUCGACACAGUCGUGCCCUUUGAAGUAUCCUGUCGUCGGAGUCGUUCCGGUCCUGUUGUCGAUGAUCGGAUAGGGGUCUCCCAUCCGCCUGCUCAAGGCGAGUACCGCAAUGUUAACUCUUUCGAUUCUGCUGAUGGACCUUCGCUUUCUAGCACACACCAGUCAGUACAUACACAAAUACGUCAAUGUACUGAACUACAUGCGUACUACCAGAACGUUGGUGGUUUAAACAGCCGUCUUAACGAGUAUCGACACGCGUGUUCGGAUGGCUGGUACGACAUCAUCGCUUUGACGGAGACCUGGCUCGACGACCGCACUCUCUCCAACCAAGUUUGCGGGCAGAACUAUGAAGUAUUCCGCACGGACCGAAAUCAUCUCAAUAGUACAAAAUCAUCAGGGGGUGGUGUUCUCAUAGCUGUCCACCGACGCCUAAAAGCUCACCUGAUUAGAGAAACCUCAUGGUCCUGUAUCGAACAAGUGUGGGUUUCGAUAAAACUGGAAGGUAGAAAGCUGUAUCUCUGCGUAGUUUAUAUUCCUCCUGUUCGUACUCGAGACGUUGCAUUGAUCGAUGUCCAAGUACAAUCGGUGUCGGUAAUAGCUUCACGUGCGCUUCCAGCUGACGAAAUUGUUGUAGUUGGUGAUUUCAAUCUCCCAAAUUUAAAGUGGCAAAUUGGAUCUGGAAGAUUUUUGUACGCUGAUGCGACCCAGUCAACUUUCCAUGCUGGGACGAACGCCUUACUAGACGGGUACAGCUAUAAUCUGCUUCAACAAAUCAAUUCUAUUACGAAUGAAAAUGACCGCAUGCUUGAUCUCUGCUUCGUGAGCAAACCAGACGGAGCUCCGAUAUUAUCGGUAGCACCUGUGCCUAUGGUGAAAUCAGUACCUCAUCAUCCUCCACUUUACCUUACUAUGAAAACCAGUACGAACAGUUUCAGCAUCGUUCCUACCGCCGUCCACUAUGAUUUUAAAGGUGCUGACUUUAAUAGUAUGGUUGAUGUGCUUUUAGACAUUUUUUUUUUUUUUUUUUCCAAAAUAUAUUUUUUAUUAAGGCACAUGUGGCGUUAGCCUGACGGGGCCGGGAGUCCAAUAUUUUGACAAUUUUUGUCUUACAACUAUGUUAGUAAUAUGUAACCGAUUACUCGCGGUUGGCUCGAGGUUAGUAUUACAAGUGUUCUCAUAAUUGAUAUGUUGCAGUCUUCGAUGCUCUAUACGUGUGCCCGACACGGGCUACUUCCUAUUGGGAUGCAGCUGACCAUUAAUCAGCAACGCUCCCUAGUCUGUACCCCAUAUCUAGCGUGGUGCGUCUUUCUCGACUCGAGGAAUCCAGGAUAGAAUGGUCACUAGCCGGCGCAAUCAUCAGUUCGUGUAGAGUUGUCAUGAGCGGUACAACCUUUGGCUCUUGUUGAAUGAUCAGUGGACUGCGCAACCUUUGGCCCGUGCAUCUGUAAAGAGUGUGUGUAUGUAUUGCCGCGACUAAGUAAAAGUUUAUCGAUCGGGUAGGAGGGUUAUGAAACGGGGACACAACGAAGGAAACAUCAUUAAACGUUGACAUCGGCGUUUCUGAGGAACAGGUAUAGAUGAAGCAGAAGAUCAGGAUCCCGGCUACCUAAGAUAUCCCGGACGGGGAUAUCCGAUUGUCUGCCUUUUGCUCUCAGUGCUCUAGAGAGCUGAGAGCGAGCAGCAUGGAACCGGAUACACGACCAGACAACAGGCUCGAUGUCG